GCUGACGCUGUGCAGUUAUAAAUGCAGCUCAGAAGAAAUGGCUCGGCAGCGCAGCGAACAGCUUUACAUGCACGUGAAAGGGGCGUCCUGCUAGCUAGAGACAUAAAGCGGUCAGCGCGCGUGUUGGUACCAGCUCUGAACAGAGCCAUUGAGGCUGACCUGUGAAAGGAGGACGUUGCUUUCUUUACGCAGAGAUGCACCGAGCCAGUUAAGGUAACAGAAACGAGGACUUAAUGGGAAUUCACUGAUCAAAAGGAAGGUUUGCACUUUCCAGCCUGUUUAAAUCGGAGUCAACAUGUCUCACCGAGGGCCUUUAACCGCGGUCAUAACCACAGUACUGGGGGCGGCCUUUGGAGGGCUGCUCAUAUGGCACGUCUAUCGCACAAAACGGAGGAAGCCGUCUUCUGUCCAGAAGGCGGCGGAUCCGGUGGCCGCUCCGUGUCCCGUCGAACGGGAUCCGGCUGCCGCGGAGGGUCAACACAUCCCGGUGCCGCGUCUGGCUGACGAGGAGCUUACGACCGCCGAGUGUCGGACCCCCAAGGCGCCGCCUCCCGUCCGGAUCCCGUCCUGUGACCAGCUGCUGGCGGUGACGCCGGUCAUGGUCGGCUCCGAAGACGAUUGGCAGCGGAUGUGGCCGCUGAUGCAGAAGGAGCUGUCGGUGUUCCCCGUGCUGGGGCUUGACUGUGAAUGGGUAAAGACCGAAGGCGUGUCGGUAAAGGGCCGAGCCUCCGCGGUCUCGCUGCUGCAGAUGGCCACGUACUCGGGUCUGUGCGUUCUGGUGAGGCUGCUGACGUUUCGCGGCGGCCAGCAGCCGUUCCCGCCGAGCUUCGUGGACGUCCUCAGGGAUCCACACAUUUUGAAAGUUGGAGUGGGUUGCUAUGACGACGGGAGGCGGCUGACGCGCGACUACGGCCUGUCCCUGGCCUCUACAGUCGACCUGCGCUACGUCGCCUUGAGGCAGAGGCGGUCCUCGGUCAGUAACGGCCUCAGUCUGAAGUCCUUGGCUGCAGAUCUGUUGAACGUGUCUCUGGAUAAAUCUCUGGAGUUGCGCUGCAGCGACUGGGAAGCAGAUCAGUUAACACUGGAGCAGAUGACGUACGCUGCCAGAGACGCUCAGAUUUCUAUUGCGCUCUUCGUCGAUCUCCUCGGCCUCCAGACGGACGCCGGUCCCGCCUUUCCCAGCGGCAGCUCCUACGCGGAGCUGGCGUCCCGCUGCCAGGGCCUGGUGGACGUCCCCUUCAGGGGCCGGGGAGACGGAGACGACGGGGCGCAGGAAGGAGAGAGGAGGCGGAGGGCGCGCAAGCCGGCAGCGUGCGAAAGCCCAGAGUCUGGAGAUCAACAAGUCCCAGACCCUCGAAACAACCACAAGAGGAAACCGCUGGGUGUCGGCUAUUCCGCCAGGAAGUCUCCUCUCUACGACAACUGCUUCCUGUACGCACCUGAUGGCCAACCUCUCUGUACGUGUGACAAGAAGAAAGCCAAGUGGUACCUGGACAAAGGAAUCGGAGUGCUGCAGAGCGAAGAUCCCUUCAUCGUGAGGCUGCUCUUUGAGCCGUCGGGGCGUCCUGACUCCAAGCAGGACUACUACCUGACCGCCAAGGAAAACCUCUGUGUCGUCUGUGGGGUAGCAGAUUCCUACAUCAGGAAAAACAUCGUACCACACGAGUACAGGCGACAUUUCCCCACGGAGAUGAAAGACCACAACUCCCAUGACAUCCUGCUGCUCUGCACGGGCUGCCACGCGGCCUCCAACGUGCACGACAGCUUCCUGAAGCAGCAGCUGGCCGACGAAUUCGCCGCCCCUCAAGGCUGCGAGGAAGGAGUCCGGCUGCUGGAGGACUCGGCCCGCCGGCGGGUUCGCUCGGCGGCCCGGGCGCUGCUCAGCGCCAAGGACGGGCUGCCGGCGCAGCGGCGGGAGGAGCUGCAGGCGCUGAUCAAGAACUACAUGAACAUGAACGAGGAGCAGGAGCUGACGGACGAGGCGCUGCAGGAGGCUGCCAGCCUGGAGACGAGGAUCCUAAAUGAGGCCUACAUACCUCACGGCCUGAAGGUGGUGCGCGCUCACGCCGAGCGGGGCCUGCGGGGCCUCAUGGAGCUGGAGCGGCGCUGGAGGCAGCACUUCCUCACCGCCAUGCAGCCUCGCCACCUCCCUCCUCUGUGGUCCGUGGACCACAACCACAGCAAGUUCCUCCGCAAAUACGGAGAGGACCUGCCCAUCAAACUCAACUGACCAGAGCGGCACGAGCGGCCGCUCACCCCCAACUCUAAAGACCCCCCCCCUCCCCUCUGUGACAGACAGAGGGACAUUCCUAAACCUGUGGUGAAGAAAUCCAACAAUCUGAAAUUACGCUAACCUGCCAGUGUCAUGGUGGAUGUUGUGGAUGUUUUUUUUAACUAUUUAUUUAUGAAAAUCUUUUGAGAUAUAAAAAAAAAAAAGAAAAGAAAAUCAUGAUGGGAUUUUUAGAAUAAAAGCUGCUGCUGCCUGCUCUUAAUUUCCCGUCCAGUUAAUAAGUGAGUCCUUUCCCCCCAUGCAGGCGAGCAGCUCGGUCCUUUCCUCAGUCUGGAGGAUGGUUGGUUAUGAUGUAUUUGGCACUCCUCCGCCCCUGUUUUUCCCUUUUUUUGUAAUCUAUUGUCUGUUUUAGGUCAAUAGAAGAGAGGCAAGAUUCCUUCAGACGCCUUGAAAUCAAACAAUAUUUAGCUGUUCCUUUUUUUUUUUUUUUUUUUUUCUGCUAGAUAAGUUUGGUCUCGAUGCGUUUGGGUUUGUUGUUUUUCCGACUUUUUGCAGGGAGAGAUGAGUGCAAGCAGAUCAAAGCCCGGCACCUAUCGGUUGAUCAUUUAAGCUCUGGAUGUUUCCGUCCUGCUGCCGAGUCUCUGAUGGUCGGGGUGGUUGGGGGGGGACAUCGUCAUGGCUCAUGUUUUAGUGGGCCUCUUAAACCCCCCUCCUCCUCCCUGGUCGGAUACUUAUCGGCGCAUCGGGACGAGACGGUUCAUCAGUUUACCGCAGUUUCAGCACGACGUCGUUAUUUUUCCAUAAGUCAAACAGCUCAGUAAACGGGUGCCAACUCUUUCUCGAUGUAACCCCAUUAAACUGAACCCCUCCUUUUUUGUAAGGCUGUCUUUAUGAGGAUUGUGAAUUAAUAGAAGUAUCUGAGAAACAGUUUAAAUCACGAACUUUGCUGUGUAAAGUGUCGAAGAUGUCCCUCCCCAAAAGAAAUCUAAAUUAAAGAAUAAAAUUGUUUGUAAUAAUCAACAUGGUUUUAUUUUUUCUCGUUUUUGCACACCCAUUCAUCAAGUCUGAAAAAAGGUGACAGACACAUUUAUUUCUUACAAAAUCACAGUUUAAUAAAUAGCUUGUAAAAAUGA